CAGGGAUUCCUGCUUGGGGGCAGAGGGCAUGGUGUGAGUGUCGUGUCACCCCUGCAGGACUUUCACCAGGGGAGAAGAGGCAGGACCCACAGGGCCUUGAUCUUGGCCUACAGCCAAAUUGCUGUGCAUGCCCCCCAAACACAGCUGCUCCCCCGCGUGGAGCGUGACAUCACCAGGAGGGUCCUGCAGCACUACAUGAGCAGCUGCCAGGUGCUUGGCAUCACCAUCCUCAAUAAGGACCUGGACUUAAAGCUGACCCUCAUCCGGUCAGUCACUGAGAUCAGCCGUGCCAUCCAGGACGCUGACGGCUCCCAGAGCUUCCAGUUCACGUACAAAGAGGAGCUGCUGGGGUACAUGCUGGACUUCAUAAAAGAGGAACCGAUGGAUUCCCUGGCCUCUCCUGUUCGCCUCACGGCCAUGCUUGCCAUUAAGCACCUGAGCAAGGUGAAACCCUCCCUGAAUCGGGAUGCAAACAGAAGCCUGCUUGAAACCUGCCUCAGGUGCCUGGUACCUCUCCCAGCUGUGCAGCACCUGAGACAGGAGGGGGAGACAGCUCAGGACUCGUUGCAAAUACAGCCGGCCCUGGGCCUGGCAGUCACCCCCGACCUCCCCAAAUGGGUCUGGGGUUUGUGA